AUGGCCAUGCCUCCGAACAAGUCGUCGUCUUCACCAAUCGCAAGCAAAUCAAACCCCAAUUUAAGAAACUCUGAAAUCGGCAAUCCCAUGCGGAGAAGCUUUACUGGGAACUCAUUUGUGAAACCUUCAAUUAAUGCAAAUCCGAGGAGCUUCAACCCUAAUACUCCGGCCAACAAGAACCCACGACGAAGCUCGAUGGGAAGGGCAACCGUGGUUACCUUUCGCGAUUCUGAGGACAAAGAAAACGGCAAGGACCAGAACUGGAAGCAGAUGAGAGUCCGUUCACCAAGUGGCUCAAACGGCACAAAGAAUUUCAUGUCACCGACAAUUUCAGCGGCUUCCAAGGUCACUACGUCUCCAAGAAAGAAAAUCUUGGCGGAGAGGAACGAGCCAGUUCGGGCUUCAUCGGUCUCAUUCUCCGAUUUGAAAAGUUCGUGUCUGAAUCCAAGAGUGGAGGAUCCAGAGCACAUGAAGGUAGGCCUUGCCCCUCAUCUGGUUUUCACAACUCCGAAAACCCAAAAAGAUAUUUGUUCAAAGGAGCCCUUGUGUUCCAAAAACGAACCAGAGGAACCUGUUUGUGUAAGUGCCUCUGAGGAACCUGACUCGGUUAAUCUUGACCCGAGUUUCAAGAUUAGUCCUCCACCUUGUUGUCCAAAGUCCAGUCCGGUCAUAGCACCCCUUGAUGAUGAUCCCUCUGCUCAUCCUUAUGAUCCUAAAACCAAUUAUCUUUCUCCGAGGCCUCAGUUCCUUCAUUAUAGACCCAACCCAAGAAUUGAAUAUUAUCUGAGUAAGGAAAGAGAGGGCAAGAGACUUGAGGAUAACUUCAUCUCUGGAAGCUCUUCAGACACUGAUACUACUGAAGAAACUCAGUCUGAAUAUUCUCAGAAGGAAUUGGAAGAUGUUACUUCUGAUGCAGCUGUUAAAGAGGAACAGCAGCUACCAGAAAAAAAUGAAGAAGAAGAGGAAGAAGAGGAAAAGCAGGGGGUCAACGUGUCUGAACCAUGCGACAUUAGCACUACCAACACUUUUAUGUCAAAGGAGGAGGCUGCUGAAGUAAAAUGGUCCUCCAAGACAGGCUUCUUUUGGAAAUCAAAGUUCACUGCUUUGCUUCUAUUGUUGGUAGUUGCUUUUUUGUCAGUUUCAGUUAUUCAUUCACCGGUACUUGAUAGUUCUGUGUUUAAAGACUUGAGCUUUUUGAAGGAAUAUGACCAUUCUGAAGUGGCUGAAUUUGCUAGAUCAAGUCUUGAUGGGUUAGCUAGAAAUUUUCGGGUUUGGUCUGCUAAUUCUGUCUCUUUCAUUUCUGAGUUGAUUUUGCAUCUCAGAGAUGCACACGAUUUGGGCCCCUUGCAGUAUUGUAAUUUGACUGCUUUAAUGGAGGAUGUACGGGUUGAUGGAUACUCUGUGUUUAAUCACAGUGACAAAGGAAUGGAAAGGAAGUAUGAGUUUGAUGUAGUUGACAUUGAAGCCUUGGGAGAGAAGGGUCAGACAGAGAUUGGUGCAGCUGAAAACACUGUAGAAGUAUAUGCUGAUCCAGAAUAUGAUGAACAAGUUAAUGAAGAGGCUGAAACACCAGUUGAAAUCCAAGUUGUGGAAGAAAAGGGUCAGCCAGAGAUUGGAGCAGUUGAGAGCACUGUAGAAGUAGUACGUGUUGAUCCAAAACAUGAAGAACAAGUUGACCAAGAGGCUGAAGCAGCUGUUAACAUUGAAGAGGUUUCAGAAGGAAGCAAUAAUUUUAUUUCUGGGGAAGUAGUACUUCAGGCUGCACAUGCUGAUUUAGUUGAACUAGAAAGUUCAAAAGUUGAGCAGAGUCAAGAAGAAAAUGUUGGUGCUGAUCACAUAGACAGCGAACCAGAAAGUAAUGUAAGCAUUAGGGAGGAGAUAGUAUUGAUUUCACUAGCAGAAAAAGUUAACACUGUAGUUUUUGGAAUCCAGGAGCUUGAAAGUGAAAUAAGUACUGGUGCUGAAGUGGAGUGUUCCAAGGAUCACGGUCCUAUAAGCUCAAAAGUGGAUGCUUCAUGUGAGAAUGUUCAAACUUCAGAAGAAUUGGAUCUUACAGUUGAUGAGACCGAAUUUAAGGUGUCCAUGGUGACUAUGCUGGGUAUUGCUUCGUUGGUUUCGGCAUUAAUUGGAUCCACAGCCUUCAUUUAUGGAAAGAAAAGGAAGAGCACAGCCUCAAAUCCUGCUAUCUCUGUGGUUCAACCAUCGCUGACUAAGAAACUGGAUGCAAGUCCUACUGUGCCAUUUAGCACUGAGCACACUUUCCAGGAAAGACGCUCUUCUUGGAACUGGAUCGGAGAGCCAUGUCCUUCUGAAAUGAGCAACAUCCAAAAGAGCUCAUCGUAUCGCACAAAAGGACUGAAGGCAUCGGAUAAAGCUGAAAGCCAGGAGAUGCCCAGGAAGAACCAUAGGAGAGAGUCCCUGACUUCAAUUGAUUCCUCCAUGGGUUCACCAUCUUAUGGAAGUUUUACAACAUAUGAGAAAAUUCCAAUCAAGCAUGGAGAAGAAGAAAUUGUUACUCCUGUUAGGCGCUCGAGCAGAAUCAGAAAACAAGUCACCUCUCCAUGA